UCGCGGGUUUGUCGCGCGCCGGGCAGUUCGCGCGGGAGUGGGGCGCCGAAGGGCCGGGGCUGCAGGUCUGUGGGAACGGAAGCCGAAGUCGGGAAAGGAGGAAGCCAGGAUGGCGACACCGAGCAGGAAAACGUCGACCUCAAGCCCCCUGGCCUCCAAGAGAGCUCUCCCGAGAGAUCCCUCGUCGGAGGUCCCGAGCAAGAAAAAGAGUUCGGCCCCUCAGGCGGCGCCGCCGCCGCCACUGCCGCUGCAGUCGUCCGGGCCUUUCGUGGAAGGCUCUAUCGUCCGCAUCGCGAUGGAGAACUUCCUAACAUAUGAUAUCUGUGAAGUGUCUCCUGGACCCCACUUGAAUAUGAUUAUUGGAGCUAAUGGAACAGGGAAGUCCAGCAUCGUGUGUGCCAUUUGCCUUGGACUAGCAGGCAAACCAGCUUUCAUGGGACGGGCUGAUAAGGUUGGUUUUUUUGUGAAGAGAGGAUGUACCAAAGGCAUGGUUGAAAUUGAAUUGUUCAGGACUUCUGGCAAUCUUAUAAUCACUCGUGAGAUUGAUGUGGCAAAAAAUCAGUCCUUUUGGUUCAUCAACAAAAAAUCUACAACCCAGAAAGUAGUAGAAGAGCAAGUUGCAGCCUUAAAUAUUCAAGUGGGCAAUCUUUGCCAAUUUCUACCUCAGGAUAAAGUUGGAGAAUUUGCUAAACUCAGUAAAAUUGAACUCCUUGAAGCUACUGAGAAGUCAGUUGGUCCUCCAGAAAUGCACAGAUACCACUGUGAUCUCAAAAACUUCAGGGAGAAAGAAAAACAACUAGAGACCUCAUGCAAAGAGAAAACUGAAUAUCUGGAGAAAAUGAUUCAGAGGAAUGAAAGAUAUAAACAAGAUGUGGAAAGGUUCUAUGAACGUAAGCGACAUUUAGAUUUGAUUGAGAUGCUUGAAGCAAAAAGGCCAUGGGUGGAAUAUGAAAAUGUUCGUCAGGAAUAUGAAGAAGUAAAACUAGCUCGUGACAGAGUGAAGGAAGAGGUCAGAAAACUUAAAGAAGGUCAGAUUCCUAUGACACAUCGAAUUGAAGAAAUUGAAAGGCAACGUUACAAUUUGGAGGCUCGAAUUAAAGAGAAGGCAAUAGAUAUUAAAGAGACAUCUCAAAAAUGCAAGCAAAAGCAAGAUAUUAUAGAAAGAAAAGAUAAACAGAAUAAACCUCAAAUUUUCUUGACAGAAGUUUGUUUGCCUGUAUUAGUGCACAAGAUUGAGGAGCUUCAGCAGGCUUUAACAGUAAAACAGAAUGAGGAGCAUGACCGACAGAGGAGAAUAAGUAAUACCCGCAAAAUGAUAGAAGAUCUGCAGAAUGAACUGAAGACCACAGAAAACUGUGAGAAUCUUCAGCCUCAGAUUGAUGCCAUUACCAAUGAUCUGAGACGAGUUCAAGAGGAAAAGGCAUUAUGCGAAGGCGAGAUAAUUGAUAAGCGAGAAGAGAGAAAAACUCUAGAGAAGGAGAAAAAGAAUGUGGAUGAUCACAUUACACGUUUUGAUGAUCUUAUGAAUCAAAAGGAAGAUAAGCUGAGACAGAGAUACCGCGAUACAUAUGCUGCUGUUUUAUGGCUGAGAAAUAACAGAGACAAAUUUAAGCAAAGAGUCUGUGAGCCCAUAAUGCUUACGAUUAAUAUGAAAGAUAAUAAAAACGCUAAAUAUAUUGAAAAUCAUAUUCCACCAAAUGACUUGAGAGCUUUUGUAUUUGAAAGUCAAGAAGAUAUGGAAGUUUUCCUCAAAGAGGUUCGUGACAAUAAAAAAUUAAGAGUAAAUGCUGUUAUUGCUCCUAAGAAUUCAUAUGCAGACAAAGCACCAUCAAGAUCUUUGAAUGAACUCAAAGAGUAUGGAUUUUUUUCUUAUUUGCGAGAGUUAUUUGAUGCACCUGAUCCUGUGAUGAGUUACCUCUGCUGCCAGUAUCACAUUCACGAAGUUCCUGUAGGAACUGAAAGAACCAGAGAAAGAAUUGAACGGGUAAUACAAGAAACCCGAUUAAAGCAAAUUUAUACGGCAGAAGAAAAGUAUGUGGUGAAAACUUCUUUUUAUUCAAACAAAGUUAUUUCUAGUAACACAUCCCUAAAGGUAGCCCAGUUUCUCACAGUCACUGUGGAUCUAGAGCAGAGACGACACUUAGAAGAACAGCUAAAGGAAAUUAAUAGAAAAUUGCAAGCAGUAGAAUCAGGGUUGAUUACUUUAUGUGAGACAAACCAACAUCUGGAGCACAAAGAUAAUGAACUUCGACAAAAGAAGAAGGAUCUUCUUGAAAGAAAAACCAAGAAAAGACAACUGGAACAAAAAAUUAGUUCCAAACUAGGAAGUUUAAAGCUUAUGGAACAGGAUACUUGCAACCUUGAAGAGGAAGAGCGAAAAGCAAAUACCAAAAUCAAAGAAAUAAAUGUUCAAAAAGCAAAACUUGUUACUGAAUUAACAAAUCUGAUAAAGAUUUGUACUUCGUUGCAUAUACAAAAAGUAGAUUUAAUUCUUCAGAAUACUACAGUGAUCUCUGAGAAGAACAAAUUAGAAUCAGAUUACAUGGCUGCUUCAUCACAACUACGUAUCACAGAGCAACAUUUCAUUGAGCUGGAUGAAAGCAGACAGAGGUUAUUGCAGAAAUGCAAGGAACUUAUGAAGAGAGCCAGGCAAGUAUGUAACCUGGGUGCAGAGCAGACCGUUCCUCAAGAAUAUCAGACACAAGUACCCACCAUUCCAAAUGGACACAACUCCUCACCCCCCAUGGCUUUCCAAGAUCUUCCAAACACAUUGGAUGAAAUUGAUGCCUUAUUAACUGAAGAAAGAUCAAGAGCUUCCUGCUUCACGGGACUGAAUCCUACAGUUGUUGAGGAAUACACAAAAAGAGAAGAGGAAAUAGAACAAUUAACUGAGGAACUAAAGAUAAAGAAAGUUGAACUGGAUAAAUAUAGGGAAAACAUUUCACAGGUAAAAGAAAGGUGGCUUAAUCCUUUAAAAGAGCUGGUAGAAAAAAUUAAUGAAAAAUUCAGCAACUUUUUUAGUUCCAUGCAGUGUGCUGGUGAAGUUGAUCUCCAUACAGAAAAUGAGGAAGACUAUGAUAAAUAUGGAAUUCGAAUUAGAGUCAAAUUUCGCAGUAGUACUCAACUGCACGAAUUAACUCCUCAUCAUCAGAGUGGAGGUGAAAGAAGCGUUUCUACCAUGUUAUACUUGAUGGCACUUCAGGAGCUUAACAGAUGUCCAUUCAGAGUGGUCGAUGAAAUCAAUCAGGGAAUGGACCCGAUCAAUGAACGGAGAGUGUUUGAAAUGGUUGUAAAUACUGCUUGUAAAGAGAACACAUCUCAGUACUUCUUUAUUACACCAAAGCUCCUACAGAAUCUUCCCUAUUCUGACAAGAUGACAGUGUUGUUUGUCUACAAUGGUCCUCAUAUGCUGGAACCAAACCGGUGGAACUUAAAGGCUUUCCAGAGACGGCGGCGCCGUAUCACGUUCACUCAGCCUUCUCAAUAAAAGUGAAGGGUGAGAACUUUGGGAUUUUCCUCUUAAACCCGUUUAUAAGUAUGGCUCAACUGAAUAAAAGUUAGGAGACUUCUUGAGACUAAAAGAUUGGUUCUUUUUAGAAACCAGCUGUUAGAUACAAAUGGGUUGCUGAAUGGAGACCAGAACAGUGUCUUUCUGUGGAACAUCAUCUGGUGGUGGACACUCAGUCCUCUUCAGUUUUUGUUGAACUUGCGUCCUUAGCCCUCUGACCAUGAGUCAUUGGUGCCCCCCUCUUUUUUUUUUUUUUUUAAGUAUUUGCUACUCAAAUCAAAGGUACAGUGGAAGGGGUUAUCAAUUAGAAGAAUUAGAAGAAGUUUAGUCGACACAGUAACCCUGAGCUUUAACUGCAGAGUAACUUUAACUACUUUUAGAGCCUAAAGAUUACUCUUACGGUGUAAGUCAUAGUUUUCUCCCAGUGUUAUAUUUAAUUUAAAAAAUUUGAUGUGAAAAUGUCUAGACUGAUGUAUAGUAAUAAUUUAUGACAAAUCUAUUCAUUUCUUCCUAUUAAAAAUUUCUUUAUCUCCACUAGGAAAUGGAAUUUUAUGGGUUUUUAAAAAACAUUUUAUGAAACUUGAUGCUAUAAUUGUACUGGUAUCUCAAAGGGAAAAAAAGUACUGGGGUUCAAAAACGGUAGCAAGACUUCUUUGAAAUGCCACAAGGUGGCCACUAGAUGAUGCAGAAUGCAACCAAAAGAUUGACAGAAUAAAAUCAAGUGACAAGGGUUUUUUAAAGAGUAAGUCUGUAAAGUGUGGGUGGUGUUUUUGUUGUUGUUGUUGUUGUUGUUGUUUUAAUUUAAAGUCAAUUGUAUUUUACAUCUUAAAUUUCUAAAGCAUUUUUGUAAUUAUUUUUAGUAAGAUUUUUCUUAAGAUUUCAUAUACUGGUUUCUACAAUUUAUAUUUGAAAAUUCCUCAGUGUUAUGUAAAGAGUGAGGGAAAGCAUUGAUUUGUUUAAAACUAUAAUGUUUCUAAAGCCUGAGCUUAUAGGUCCUUCCUUACAGUGUUGAUCCUACCUAUUAUUUUAGAAAAUCUAGUUUAAAUUGUUUUCUUUCAGCAUGAAGGAAUUAGAUGAGAAAAUCAUUUGUUUAUCUCUGAGUAAUCCUAAUUACCAGUGCCAAAACAAAUUCUGUUCUUUUAAAUCUUGUGAAAUAAUGGACUAGACCAAGGACGUAUCUUUGAACAAUGGAUUUGAUCUGUGCCAAUAAUGACAAGAUUAUUUUUCUGACUUGGUAGUUAACUAAAUUGAAGAAUUGCAUUCAGUUUGAGUUUUGUAUAUUCUUAAAUAGCCACUGAAAUUUAUAUUCUUGUUAAGUUGAAAAAUAAUGAACCAUAGGUUUAUGUCCUCUCACUUGGACAUUCUCUUUAAAAAGCUAUUUUCUCUUUAUAAAAAUUUUAAAAGAAAGAGCCUUCCCCUCUUAAACUAAGUCUAAUGCAUGUACUAUGAAAAUUUUAAAAUAACACUUCUACUAGUGUGAACAACUCAUGUAAACACUGAAAAACUUGGUAACAUUAUUAGCAAAUGGAUGUUGUUACCAAAUGAUUUUGUUGUUUUCCACCAGGAUAUCUUUACUGAUAUGUGCUUGGUGUAGUUUGUUUAUUGUCCAAGUUAGUGCCAGCCAUCUUACUUCUGAAAAUGAGUAUCAAUGUGAAAAAGAAGCUUGAAGAUCAGGCGUGGCGUGUUUGAAAAAAUAAAAAGGUCAAUUACAUUUCAGUUUACAUAUGCUAACAAUUAUUCCAUACCUUGUUUAUAAGUAUUUGUCUUUCUUCACUGGAGAAGAAUUCGGUUUUACACUGAAUGUUGAGCUGUGAAGGAUAAAUUAUGUAUUAACAUACUAAUUAAAAGAAUAGUAAGUCUAGCACAUUAGUCCCAGCCACUUAAAACUUCACAUAUUUUCUGAAAAAGUUGAUUUUAAUUACAUACAAACUGUUAAAACUUAAGGUAACAGUCUGAUUUCAUGAAUAAAGUAUUUAAAACUCUAAGGUUUUCAAAUAUUGCAAGUGUUUUUAAUGACAAAAUCUUCAUUGAUUUGCCUAAGGAGAGAAUCUCUAUUAAAAGGUUUUUAACAUUAAAAGGAAGGAUUUCUUGCUGCUUUCUGUCUUUUAGACGUGUGCUUAUUUUCUUUGCAGUAUGAAUCUUUAGUACAUAAAAAAAUGUAAUUUUGUCCUGCUGUUGUAUGUCUGCGUGUGUGUGUGUGUAUAAUUGAAAAAACACCUGUGGGAAAUGCUACUUUGUUGGUAAUAAAACCAUAUUUUCAUAUUCU